AAUCUGCUCAUUUCUGCUUGUACUGGAUAGCUUGUUGGCAGUUCAGAUGACCCAAGCACUCCCUAGUUUAAGCUAGAAGGGACACAUAGAGAAGAAGUUCAGCUUGAAGCUGUUGCUCAGAGUGGGGUCUUUUCACAGCUUCAAAAGGAGCCCCGGGGCUGUCACACUGAGAAAAGAAGGAAAAGGGGAAAAACAACUGCACCACAUGUGAAUAUAAAGAAGAGGAGAACUCAGCAAUUGCACCAUCACCGGAUGGAAGAGCCCAGCUGUCAGAGCCUACUCUAAGGAGCUUUGCCUUUACUCCUUGUACUUCACGAAAGCCUCAACUGAAAAUAUGAAGAAAUAAAGAAGUACACACGAAGAACAUGUCAUUUAGUACUCUGUUCUGAUAGCUACAGAAGACACUGAGAAGUCCCUGUAACGAUGACGACUACUUCAGCUGACAGCUGGCCCUGCUCCUCCUAUGGAAUGCACUUUAUAACUAAUUACAGUGACCAAGCCUCACAAAAUUUCUCAGGAGUGCCAAAUGUUACUAGCUGUCCAAUGGAUGAAAAACUACUAUCUACGGUGUUAACAACCUUCUACUCUGUUAUUUUCAUCGUGGGACUGGUUGGGAACAUCAUUGCCCUCUAUGUAUUUCUGGGCAUCCACCGCAAAAGAAAUUCCAUUCAAAUUUAUCUACUUAAUGUGGCCAUUGCAGACCUUCUACUCAUUUUCUGCCUCCCUUUCCGCAUAAUGUAUCACAUCAACCAAAAUCAGUGGACACUAGGUGUGAUUCUUUGCAAGGUUGUGGGGACACUAUUUUACAUGAACAUGUACAUUAGCAUUAUUUUGCUUGGGUUUAUCAGUUUGGAUCGCUAUGUAAAAAUUAAUCGGUCUAUACCACAAAGGAGGGCAAUAACCACCAAGCAGAGUAUUUAUGUUUGCUGUAUAGUAUGGACAGUUGCUCUUGCUGGAUUUUUAACUAUGAUCAUUUUGACGCUGAAGAAAGGAGGGCACAAUUCCACAAUGUGUUUUCAUUACAGAGAUAGGCAUAAUGCAAAGGGAGAAGCAAUUUUUAACUAUGUUCUUGUGGUAAUGUUCUGGCUUAUUUUCCUAUUGAUAAUCCUCUCCUAUAUGAAGAUUGGCAAGAAUCUACUUAGGAUUUCUAAAAGGAGGUCAAAAUUUCCUAAUUCUGGCAAAUAUGCCACAACAGCCCGGAACUCCUUUAUCGUACUGAUCAUUUUUACUAUAUGUUUUGUUCCUUAUCAUGCCUUUCGAUUCAUCUACAUUUCUUCACAGCUAAACGUGUCUUCUUGCUACUGGAAGGAAAUUGUUCACAAAACCAAUGAGAUCAUGCUGGUUCUCUCCUCUUUCAACAGCUGCUUAGAUCCAGUCAUGUAUUUCCUGAUGUCCAGUAAUAUUCGCAAAAUCAUGUGUCAACUUCUUUUUAGGAGAUUUCAGAGCGAAGCAAGCAGGAGUGAGAGCACUUCAGAAUUUAAGCCAGGAUAUUCCCUGCAUGACCUAUCUGUGGCAGCCAAAAUGCAGUGCAAUACUAAGGGUACCUGAGGCAAAUGUACUAAAUGAAGUGACAGACGUAAGCCAGCUUCUUCAUUCCUUGAGAUGAGUAAAAUUAUGGAACAAAGCCCUAGAAUGUCCCAAACCCUGAUCUUUAGAAGUGAUCUUUCACUUGCUUACAUUGUAAAAUAGUUCCAGGCAAAGAGAAAAGCUUACAUUUGUCCCUAGAUUUUAGAAUCUUCUCAGAAUAUAAUGUUAAGCUAACACUUUUAACAACAUUUAUAAAGUUAAGUGAAGUUCAUGGAUUUAAUAACAAAAUGAACGAAGUGUCAUUGUUUUUCAAGUCACUAAAGAGUUAAUAAAAAUUAGGCACUUGAUACUAAUUUUAAAUAUGUUUAAAAUAAAGCAAUUUGGAUACUGUGUUGAAAUGUCAAAAAACCACGUUUGUUACUUCAAAAGUGAAUAUUUGCUGU